AUGUCUUUCCCUGAAUACGGUCAAUUUUCAAACCCCCCGCAGGAGGGUGCCCCGGGCCAAGUUCCCACUCAGGAUGGAGCUGUUCCGGGUCAGCCAGUCGACGUUCCGAGUCCACAGCAAUUCACGCACUCUGAUGCUCCAGGUGUAGCACCGCCCGGUGCAAACACCGAGGGAAAAACCACCCUUUGGAUGGGAGAGUUGGAACCCUGGAUUGACGAGAACUUUAUUCGCAGCGUCUGGUUCUCACUUGGUGAGACCGUCAACGUCAAGAUGAUCCGCGACAAGUAUUCAGGCAGCAGCGCUGGCUAUUGCUUUGUCGACUUCACGUCCCAUCAAGCUGCGGCCAAGGCCCUUUCGCUUCAUGGGACCCAGAUACCCAAUUCGAACCGCCCCUUCAAACUCAACUGGGCCUCCGGAGGCGGUCUCGCUGAUCGCCGCGACGACCGUGGACCCGAGUACUCGAUUUUCGUCGGUGACCUCGGUCCUGAAGUCAAUGAGUUUGUCUUGGUCUCGCUCUUCCAGGGCCGUUUCCCCUCUUGCAAGUCGGCCAAGAUCAUGACCGAUCCUAUCUCGGGCAUGUCGCGUGGAUAUGGUUUUGUUCGCUUUUCGGAUGAAGGGGACCAGCAGCGCGCCCUCAGCGAGAUGCAGGGCGUCUACUGCGGCAACCGUCCCAUGCGCAUUUCUACUGCGACUCCCAAGAACAAGGGUGGACCGAUGGGAAACAUGGCUCCAAACCCCGGCAUGUACACGAUGGGUCAGCCAGCUAUGGGGUACUACGGCCAGCAACAACCUAUGAACCAACCCAUGAACCAGUUCACCGAUCCCAACAACACGACUGUUUUUGUUGGGGGCUUGUCUGGAUAUGUCACCGAGGAUGAACUGCGCUCUUUCUUCCAGGGCUUCGGGGAGAUUACCUAUGUCAAGAUCCCGCCAGGCAAGGGCUGCGGUUUUGUCCAAUUCGUCCAACGCCAUGCCGCUGAAAUGGCCAUCAACCAGAUGCAAGGCUAUCCCAUUGGCAAUUCGCGGGUCCGCCUGAGCUGGGGACGUAGCCAGAACAACUCUGGUCCAGCGGGCACGCCUUACCGCCCUGCGCCACCUCCUCCGAUCUACCCCUCGAUGGGCAUGGCUCCCAACCACUCGUUUGGGCCCUAUGCGCCUUUGAAGGUCGGUCACAGCCCUGUGCCCACUCCUACCAUGGAGCGAUACUGA